AUGCCAAGUUUAGCGAAGCCUGAGACUCCUAGUUCUGCAAAGCCUGAGACACCAAGUUUCUCAAAGCCUGAGACUCCUACUUUCUCAAAGCCUGAGACUCCAAGUUCCCCCAAGCCCGAGACCCCAAGUUUCCCAAAGCCGAAAAUUCCAAGUUCCCCCAAACCUGAGACCCCAAGUUUUCCAAAUCCCGAGACUCCUACUUUCUCAAAGCCUGAGACUCCAAGUUCCCCCAAGCCCGAGACCCCAAGUUUCCCAAAGCCGAAAAUUCCAAGUUCCCCCAAACCUGAGACCCCAAGUUUUCCAAAUCCCGAGACUCCUACUUUCUCAAAGCCUGAGACUCCAAGUUCCCCCAAGCCCGAGACCCCAAGUUUCCCAAAGCCGAAAAUUCCAAGUUCCCCCAAACCUGAGACCCCAAGUUUUCCAAAUCCCGAGACUCCUACUUUCUCAAAGCCUGAGACUCCAAGUUCCCCCAAGCCCGAGACCCCAAGUUUCCCAAAGCCGAAAAUUCCAAGUUCCCCCAAACCUGAGACCCCAAGUUUUCCAAAUCCCGAGACUCCUACUUUCUCAAAGCCCGAGUCGUCAAGUUCCUCAAAGCCAGAGACUCCUAGUCUCUCAAAGCCCGAGACUCCAAGUUUCCCAAAGCCUGAGAUGCCAAGUUCCCCAAAGUUUGAGAUCCCAAGUUCUCCAAAGCCCGAGACUCCUACUAUCUCAAAGUCGGAGACCCCAAGUUCUCCAAAAUCCAAGACGCCAAGUUCCCCAAAGUCCGAGACACGAAGUUCGCCAAAGUCCGAGACUCCAAGUUACCCAAAGCCCGAGAGCCCAAAUUCUCCAAAGCCCAAGACUCCAAGUUUCCCAAAGCACGAGACUCCAAGUUCCCCAAAGUCCGAGACUCCAAGUUCUCCAAAGCCCGAGACUCCUAGUUUCUCAAAGCCAGACAUACCUAAUUUUUCAAAACCCGAGACCUCUAAUCUUUCAAAGCCAGAGAUUCCAGAAGUCCCAAAACCCGAGAUUCCUAGUGUCUCUAAGCCUGAAAUACCAAGUGUGCCAAAGCGUGAGCUACCAACUACCCCAAAACCUGAGAUCCCAAUUUUUACAAAGCCCGAAUUACCAGUUGUUUCAAAUCUUGAGAUUCCAAAUGUGAUAAAGACAGAAAUUCCAAAACUUUCUAAACCAACAGUGUCAAGUUCUCCGUGA